AGAGUCUGUCCCCGUCGUGGGAGCUGACUGGGCCCCCGGCAGCCCUGAAGUCGGUGUCGGGGGCUUCCUCAGCCACCCUGGCAGUUUCCUCUCUAUGCUAUGGGAGAGGUCAAAGAAUCAAAAAUGCAAAUAACACCGGAAACUCCAGGAAGGAUCCCUGUUUUAAAUCCUUUUGAAAGUCCUAGUGAUUAUUCUAAUCUCCAUGAACAAACUCUCGCCAGUCCUUCUGUUUUUAAAUCAACAAAAUUGCCAACUCCAGGGAAAUUUAGAUGGUCUAUUGAUCAACUAGCUGUAAUAAAUCCUGUAGAAAUAAACUCAGAAGAUAUUCAUCGUCAAGCUUUAUACUUAAGUCAUUCUCGAUUAGAUAAAGAUGUGGAAGACAAAAGACAAAAAGCCAUUGAAGAGUUUUUCACUAAAGAUGUCAUCGUGCCAUCUCCUUGGACUGAUCAUGAAGGGAAACAGCUUUCAGAGUAUCAUUCCAAUAAAUGUAUUAACAUAAAUAGUGAUUCUCCAGUUGGAAAAAAGCCGACCAUUCUUUCUGAGAAAAGCAAUGCUGCUUGUCAGACAUUGCUGUCUCUUCCUGUGGACUUUAAUUUAGAAAAUAUAUUAGGUGACUAUUUUAGAGCUGAUGAAUUUUCAGAUCAGUCUCCUGGAAACCUCAGUUCUUCAUCCCUCAGAAGAAAACUGUUUUUAGAUGGGAAUGGAAGCAUCUCUGACACCUUACCUUCAGCAUCUCCCAGAAGUCCUCACAGCAGUGCUCAAGCAUCAGUUGAGGUGUUUUAUUCCAUCGAUUUAUCUCCUGUACAGCGAGGGAGCCCUCUGCAGACACCAAGUUCGGAGCAGUUUUCUUCGAGCCCUAUUCAGGCUAAUGCAAAAAAAUACAGUUUGGGAAGCACAACUAGUCCUUCUCCGAUUUCUUCACCCACUUUCUCACCAAUUUCAUUUCAGAUGGGAAAGACACCACUUUCAGAACAAAAGAAGUUUACUUUUCAUUCUCCUGAUGCUUCAUCUGGAACAAAUUCUAAUGGAAUUACUAACUCAUGUAUCAGAAGUCCCUAUAUAGAUGGCUGCUCUCCAAUUAAAAACUGGUCUCCUAUGAGACUUGAGAUGUGUAGAGCUGGUGCUCAGUAUCGGACCUCACUGAUUCAGAUACCUUUUACACUUGAGACUCACAGUAAAGGUGGAGAAGAUAAAGAGAAUAUUCCUUCCACAGACAUCUCAUCACCAGCCAUGGAUGCCGCUGGAAUGCACCCACGGCAAUUGAAUAGUGAUGCUUCUACACAUGGCACACAUGUAAUUGUGACCACCAUGUCUUUUAAACAAAUUCAGUCCAGUGUUUCUGAGAAAAAAUCAGCACUGUUGCAGGAUAUUGAGAGUGAGAAGGAGAAUAACACUGUGGACAUGGCUGAUGCCAUAGAGAUAGUAGACGAGAACACUUGGAGUAAGGAACCAGUUGAUAAUGGGAGUUUACCCAUGACUGAUUUUAUAAGUGGAAUUGCCUUCAGCAUGGAAAACUCUCAAAUGUGCAUGUCGCCUCUUGCUGAGAGCAGUGUCAUUCCUGGUGAAAGCAGUAACAUUCAGAUGGACAGUGGCUAUAAUACGCAGAACUGUGGGACCAACACUAUGGAUACUGUUGGGACAGAAAGUUACUGCAAGGAAAGUGAUGCACAAACCUUUGACAUGGAGAAUAAAUCUCAAGCUUUUAAUGUAAAGCAAGACCACACAACACCGAGGUGCUGGAUGAAAACAAGUCCUCUUCAGCGCAGCAGUCCAUAGAAUGCCCCUAUCAGAGCCAAAGCCCAUUGCUAAAUAACUCCUUGCGUAUUCUUAUGCACAAAUUCAAUAAUGUGAUGGUGAUUGGGGAAAAUCUGCUUCAAGUAACAUCCUUAGCUUUCUUUCCCUCAAUGUGAAAAAUCAAGGGCUUAAAUUUAGUGACAUGGGAACAACAGGAAAGCUCUGGAAUUUCAGGUUACUGAAUUAUAAGUUUAUUUUAUCAAUAAAUAUUUUUAUAUUGACCUCAUGAUGUGCUUAAUAAAAAACUGUGACAUAGCUGAUUGCUGCUAUCCUACAGGGUCAGUAAGCUGUUUAUGAAGCCUUACUGACAGCACUGAAUUUAGCAAUUCUGAGAACAUAUUAAAAUAUAUUAAAACUGAAGACACUAUACGCUUUUAUAUAAAAACGUACAAACAUAGAUGAAUUUAAAUUAUAACCUAUGUGGAAGAAGUGUUUAGAUAUAAAACUAAGACAAAAAGGACAGUCAACGGGUUUCCUGAAAUUUUAGUUCUUAAACUAUUUUUUCACUUCUCUGGAGAAAAUUCUCAGUUCAGUGAUAACUGCUCUUGAUACUACUUUAAAAAAAAAAACGUAAAUACUAGAAAGGUAGCACUAGCAGUGUCAUCAUGUGUGUUGUUAUCUGUUACUUCCCAGAGUAAAACACGUCUCCACCUCUAGGUUAGGUACAUCCUUUCCAGCUGGGAUGUGGCUGGGAAAGGAGUAAGAAUAUGGGAGAACCAGGAGACAGUGGAGUCCCUACAGGGCUCACACCUAAGAAGUACGGUUGGGUACAGCUAUCUUUAAGGAAAAAAAAAACAUAUCCGGGCUGGGAGUAGAUGAAUAUAUAUAUCAUGCUUGGAAAUAUUAUCUCUGGAGAAUCUAUAUUUGUACUUAUGAAUCAUCUUUUAAAAACUGUCUGAUUCAAAAAGGAAUAAUCCCUAUGUAGACUCAGGAAAUAAAGACAUAUAUUAUCA